CACGAAGCUACAUACGUUGAUCAACCCACCCUUAACCAACCUAGACCUAUUUUAUCUCACUUGCGCAUGGAUAGUAUCAACUAUUGUAGCUUGUUUUCCCUGGUUUUGUUUUUUUUUCUUUCCCAUGGUCCUGCUUUCCACAUGCAGCUCUGCCUUUGGUGCCACCUCUCUUGUUUCAUUUGGAUGGACGGUGUGCAACUCUCAUCUUCUGUACUCAACUUCUGCAAACAUGUUUGCGAGUUUGAAAAUAACUGCGAUACGCACAAGCUACGUACUUGGUUAUACAGUCGAGAACAUAUCAAUUUUGUAUCAUACUGUUGUACCUUCACACACACAAUUUGACAGCCGCGGUGAGCAAACUCGUGUACGUUUACCAUUUUGAUCGCUAGCAUCUUUUCAA